UGGUCAGGGCUGAUGAAGCUCUCUGGGGGUACUUCAUACCACGACACAUCCCUGCUGUAAACCACCAAGCAGAAUCCAAAUGAGAGCACGAGGACCUUUGAUAUCUCCUAGGUGGUUUUGGUUUGUCCCCAGCGCAUCUCCACACACUGAUCAUCUUGGCCUACUUAUAUGCAGAGAAAUGUCUUGCUCCUGCUGAUGGCAUGAUGGCAGGUUGGAUGGAGGAGGCCCAGCAGUGGUGGUGGGGGGUUCUGCUCUUCCCAUCUCUGAUUUAGAGCACCCCACUGCGGGGUGGGGAGACGUCCCUCCAAAACUCUGCCCUGCCUGUACCCAGACCCAGCUCUCAUUACUGCACCAUGCCCAGCAGAUGGUGCAGGGACCCCACAUAGUGCACGGUGUUCAUUGCACCCCGUUGUGUGUGGCUGAGGGAAGGGGACACGGGCUCGGGGAAGGGGCUGCAUGUGCCCCAGGAGUGGCCUUUUUGCAAGCCACAAUCAUUUGCUCUGCAUGGGAAUCCUACGGGCUGGUAACGUAGGCUUUGUUGAAGGUGGGGUGCAGCGGUGGAGGUUGGUUGAAAUCCAGGUAGCUAAAGAGAUAAGGGGAAAUACGGUGAAAUAGCUGAUGAACCGAAGGCAACCCCCUCUUUAAGGGCAGGCCUUAGGUGGCCGCAGGCAGAAGGGCUGCACGCAGCCAGCCCUCCAGGCAGCGUUUGGGAUGGCGGUGACCACAGCCGGGGCUCAGGGAGGAGGACGCGGGCUGCCCCCGGGCGAACCCCGAGCCUCGCUCUAUAGGGCGAGCUCCGCCAUCCUCAGCCCUUAUCCCGCUUCACAGGGUGCGAGCAGAGCCCGGCACCCGCCGUGCCGUUCGCCAGGGCUCGGCUUCCCCGGCCGCGGUGCGCAGGGCGGCGUGGGAGGGAUAACUCAUCCCAGCCAGGAGGCAGAGGUGCCGGGCGGAGGGAGCUCACCGCCUUCCUCCCGCCGAGAGCCCCGCUCCACCGCAGGACCAUGGCUCCGGGGCUCCGCCGCAGCCUCCCUCUGCUGCUGCCGCUGCUGCUGCUGUGCCCUGCGGCACGGCUGGCCGCGCCGGCGGCCCAGGGCUGCCCAGGCAGGCAGCAGCUCCUGGCAGCUGUGCGGCAGAUGCAGCAGCUGCUGAAGGGGCAGGAGACGCGCUUCGCAGAGGGGCUGCGCCUGAUGAAGAGCCGCCUCAGCACAUUGCAUGCAGCACUGAGCAAGGCAGCCCCGGAGCCGGCACCUGUGUCCUGCCCAGCCCCACAGGCCCCCGCUGGUGGGCGGAUGUUUGGCACCAAGUACCUGGUGGAGCACGAGGUGCACUUUGCCUGUGAGCCCGGCUUCAAGCUGCAGGGUUCCAGCACACGGAUAUGCCAGGCUGAUGGCAGCUGGAGCGGACAGGAGCCGCGCUGCACAGAGCUCAGCACAUGCUCCAGCAACCCCUGCCAGAACGGCGGCACCUGCGUGGAGGGAGCGGGCCAGCACCGCUGCCUCUGCCCACCGCCAUGGAGCGGGGCCGCCUGCCAGCAUCGCACACAGACAGAGCCCCCAACGUGGAGUGCAACAGCUGAUCCUGCCUUCAGCCGCAAGCCGCGCUGUGCCCAGGUGGAGCACGCCCAGCAGUGCCGCUGCGAGCCGGGCUUUCACAUGAGCGGCACAGCCACCGCCAGCCUCUGCCAGGAUGUGGAUGAGUGUGAGCUGUACCAGGCAGAAGGAGCCCCACGGCUGUGCGCCCACCUCUGCGUCAACCUACCUGGCUCCUACCGCUGUGCCUGUCCCACUGGGUACAGCCUGCUGGGCGAUGGCAAGAGCUGUGAAGACAUCGAUGAGUGCGCUCUGUCGCGGGACAACUGCACGCGGGGCACAACGUGCAUCAACACGGGUGGGGGCUUCCAGUGCGUCAGCCCCGAGUGUCCCCAGCCCGGCGGCAACAUCACCUAUGUGAAAACAUCACCCUUCCAGUGUGAGCGCAACCCCUGCCCGAUGGAUAGCAGAUCGUGCCACCAGGCGCCCAAAACCAUCUCCUUCCACUACCUGCCCCUGCCCUCCAACCUGCUGACCCCAACCCCGCUCUUCCGCAUGGCCACAGCGGCAGCACCCGGCCGGCCGGGACCCGACAGUCUCCGCUUUGGCAUCGUGGGAGGCAACAACCGGGGUCACUUUGUGAUGCAGCGCUCGGACCGGCAGACUGGGGAGCUCAUCCUGGUGCAGAGCCUGAAGGGCCCCCAGACCAUCCAGGUGGAUGUGGACAUGUCUGAGUACCUGGACCGCACCUUUCAGGCCAAGCAUCUCUCCAAAAUCACACUCUUCGUCUCUGCCUAUGAGUUCUAGGGCAGAACAGGGGGAGGCUGCAGGGUUUGGGUGCUUUCAUAUGCGUGGUGGCCUUUUUUAUGGUCCCUUUAUAGCAUCCUCCAGAUGAAAGCACUUCGGGUGCCAGCAAGCACUGGAGCCCUGAAGCCAGCCAUCCCCCUCUGCAUUGCGGUGAUUUUAUGAGUUACCAGGUGCUUUUUACACCCACAGCACACGAGGUGCAGCAAACUGCAUGCAGGUUAUCUGCUUGCUGAGUGUGGGAGCAGGGCGUUACUUCUGCCCACAGCCUCCAGGAGGACAUCCUAUAACCUCUGCACCUACACAGUGCAAACCAGCAGGUAGAAACCAAGGUGCUUACUUCCUUUUUGAUUCCCUUUUUUUUUUGUAGGAAAGAAGCUAAGCUGGUGCUGUCAGCCCUUCUCUGCACUGGGCUGGGCUUGCUUCCCUCUGAACACCAAGACCCCCAGCUGGGAUUUGCUGAGCGGAGCUCAAGCUCUUGGUGCUGCUUGGGGUGGUGGCUGUGCCCUGCAAGCCCUGAGGUUGUGUGGCACAACACAUUGCAUUGCUCAGAGCAUGUGGAGAAGUUCUUCCCAGCCUCAGCUCCCAGCACACAACUGAAGCAGAAAGUUUGGGGUGGGACUGUCUAGAAGUGAGGCUAUUGCUUGCAUUGGGGUCAGCCAUCCUGAGGUCUCCAGAGAUGCAGGAAGGACUCGGUGCCAUCACACUUGAUGGGCUGGAGAUCAGGGAUGUCUGGAAGGUUGUCCUAUUCCUUAAUCCUCUUGGAUGGGGUCGUGCACCUGCAUCCACCCAUGUCCUGGCAUGGACGUGCCAUGGGGAUGACUUCAGCUGAGCAUGGUGCUUGUCUUGCAAGAGCUCAGGGUGUGAAUAUCUCACUUUUUAAACACCCCUUGUCCUCUUGCAGGAAUAGCUGUGGGGUUGGCUCCUGCCAUGGUGCUGCAACACGUGCCCAGGUCUGCACCAAUGUGUUGCUCACCUCUGCUCCCCGGUGCAGCGCUUGUGCAUGUAAACCACAAAAACAUUAUGCAUGUUUCUCUUUCAUGUAGUACAAUUAAAGGAUGAUAUAGCCUCUGAGUAGGUGCAGAGCAGAAUAAAGUAUCCGCAGCACGGGUAGGGUGUGUUCACCCACAGCCCACUGGGGAUGGGUUCUGGGUUUAUGGGA